AUGGCUGGUUUGGGUACUUGUUGUUCCACUCUUUCUUCCGCAAGCCAUGUUGCUGUGUCCUGGUUAGAAUUCCAGGGUCAUCACAAUGGAAUAAAAACACUGUGGAAACCGAGACGAAGGAGAAAUGCAUACGGGAUUAGAGCUGAGGUGAAGUUUGUGAAGGCAGAUGAAGCAAAAAAGCUGGUAUCAGAAGAAGGGUAUGCGGUGGUUGAUGUAAGGGACAUAACGCAAUUUGAGAGAGCUCGUAUAAAGUCGUGUUACCACGUUCCUCUUUUCAUAGAGAACAAAGAUAAUGACAUUGGUACCUUUGUUUUAAGGACAGUGCACAACAACUUCUCGGGUUUGUUCUUUGGACUACCUUUCACUAAGCCUAACCCUGAGUUCAUUGACUCGGUCAAAACCCAGUUUUCAGCCGGAAGCAAACUUUUACUCGUGUGCCAGGAAGGACUGAGGUCUGCCGCGGCAGCGAACAAGUUAGAGAGUGCCGGUUUUGAGAACAUUGCAUGUAUAACAUCUGGUCUUCAAUCCGUUUCACCAGGUACAUUUGAUUCGGAAGGUAAGACUGAGCUAAAAGAUGCUGGUAAAGCCGGUUUGGUCACAGUUCAAGGCAAGAUCUCAGCUGUUCUUGGAACCGUACUCAUCUGUGCAUUUCUGUUCAUCACAUUCUUUCCGGACCAAGCAGAGCAGCUUUUAGCACUUGUGCCUGCUAGCUAG